AUUACAGCAACAUCUUCAAAUUUUCACAUGGCUGACAAUGAUCGGAGAUGGACAAACGACUGCUAGAAUAUUUACAAGGGAAAAUAUCUUUCUCAGAAUGGCUUGAUGGGGCGACAUCUGCACAACAAGCAGCAGUUUCUAUUCGUGGUCCAACCCUCUCUUCCACAUUGCCAUCGAAUUCAGCCGGAUCGACUGGAUUUGAGAUUUCACAAACCACGUCAACUCUUGUUAGAUCGAAUGAGUCCCAGGUACAAACAGGACCUCAAGACAGUGCCCAAAAUUUUGGACAAUCAUUCAAAGUUCUUGGAACAAAGUACGGCUCCCUUGAUGAAUUUGACCUCGCCCCAUCUCCUUCGACGAGUAAUUUUGCAGAAGAUGGCGGCUGGGAAGACAGUGAUGACGAAGAAGAAGAUGAUGAAAGCCAAGGGGCCUGGCCUAUUGCAGAGGAAGCUUCAGGCAGUUUAUUGAUAGAUGGCUUUGAAUCUUCAGAAGGAAGAGGAAAGAUACCAACAUUUUCCAUUCCUAGUCUACCUCCGCUCACAGAAGGUGCUCCACUUUCCGAGCCCUUUCAAAAUCUGCAGAUUUUUGUUAAAAAACUUUCUGAAACUUUGGAAGAAGUUUCUAAAACAACUGAAAUAGGCAAAGAAGAUCCAUCGGUUACCAAGGUUUUCGCUGACUUCAUCUUCCCAAAGCAACGAAGGCUCAGAAAAAGUGGCCCUUCUUCACACAAGUUACGAGAAGAUCUAAGACAACAGAUGGGGAUGGCCAACCUUUUUCUAGCAAAAGGACAAAUUGACGAUGCUAUUGAAGUGUGUAUGGAAAUCAUACGACAAGCUCCUCAUAACCCUCACGCGUUUAAAACCUUAUCUGUAAUUUAUGACGAGAAAGGCGAUGCCGAAAAGGCUUUGCAGUAUGCUCUGAUAUCUGCAUUCCUUGGUUCUCGUGACCCACACGAAUGGAGAGACCUUGCCAUCCGAUGUCUUCAAUCUGGAAGUCGCAAGCAAGCACUGAUUUGCUAUAACAAUGGUUGCAAGGUUGCUCGUCACAAUGUCGUUCUUCAAUGGGAGCGUGCUGCUCUUAUAUUUGAAGAGGGUGACUUCAAGAGAGCACUAGAGUGUUACAACACUAUUCUUAAGAUUUUAACUUUUGUCGACGGUGCUAAGAUGAUUGAAUUCGGGAAGGAAAUGGCACAGAUCCACCAUUUUGCUGAUAACGCUGAGAAAGCCAUUGAGAUACUUGAGUUAAUGUUUGCAAAAUACCCUGAUUAUGUCGAUUUUGAAGGUAUAAACAUGCUAGCCGAGCUUCAUAUAUCUGCUAAAAAUUUUGAAAGAAGUCUGCAGGUUGUUUGUAAGCACGCUGGAGUAAAAAUUCCGGCUUCGAUUUUGUCAGCAUCAGACAAAACUGAAGAAUCAUUUGCAGAGAAUGUCGAAGAGACCUCCGAUGUCAAGCUACCUCCGAAAAUGAUAGAAUCCAUCAACAGCCUUUUGGAAACAAAGCAAAUCGAAAGCACAAAUGUUGAGUUUACCACUCAGUUUGCUAAGUCUCUUGUCCAAGAAACCCAGCCUGUGCGUGAAAAUCCUGAUUUGUCCACAGUCCCUCCUUCGUGGACCGAGUUUUUGCUUUCGCCGUCGAAGAACGCUCAAGCGGAGGAAGAGGGGCGGCAAACAGAGUUGGUUGACCUUGAUAAGGUAAGCAAGGAAGUGAUGAAAGAGAAGAUGGCGGAUAAGGCUGAUGUCAGCGCAAAACGUGACAACGAUCAAUGGAAUAUUCCAGACCACGUGCCUAUCGACAUUCGAGUGAAGAUUGCUGUGAGUGCCAUCGAACUGAAAGUUUGUUUUGACGUCCAGCGCGUUCUUUGCCCGUUAUUUAAAGAAUCUUUAGAAGACGUUGGGGACUUGUAUUUGGAUGUUUCUGAAGCAUACAUCAAUGUUGGAAGAUGUGAAGACGCAAUUUGGUACCUUGAAGAGCUUAUCGCGUCGGAAAAGUAUUGUAAAGCUGCAGUGUGGCUAAAACUUGCCGAAUGCCGACAUGCAGUCGGAAAGCUAUCCGAGGCAGCCGAUGCAUAUUAUAAAGUGCUAGAAUUGGCUCCCAACCAAUUAGGUGUGACGCUUGAGCUUGCCAAUUUAUGCCGUCGACUAGGCCGUACUGAAGAAGCUCGCAGUAUCUUGGCAGGAUCUAGCACAGAUGAAACAAUGGAUGAAAACAGUUCUCAAUGCAUCGUAGAGAUAACUAAAAAAGACGAUUUCAAACUUUGGUAUCAAAAAUGCUUAUUGUUGCAUGGACAAGGUCAAACUGAAAGCUUGGCUGAGAAUGGUUAUAUAUUCUUUGUCAACUAUUUUAAGUCCGCAGCAAUUUCAAGGGAAGAUGGUCUUAGCAAGGCUUUUGUCUGGGAACUUUUGUUAAAGGUGAUCAAAGCCAUGGUUUCGCUGGAGCAGUAUAGCAAAGCAUGCGAAAUUAUCGACAAAUCUGCUUCGUUUCGCUCAUUCAGCGAAAACAAAAGAUAUCGAUGUGAGCUCGACUUUCUUAGCGCAACAACAAAUUUUCUUGCAAGGGACUACCUAAAGGCUUUCGAUGCGUUCCGCUGGGCGUUGUUGCGCUCAGAAAAGAGAGGACUAAACAGCACAGCUAUGUGGAACUUUUUCUCUCGAAUCACCAAUAACAUGCCUGAUAGAAAAGGUCACAAAUAUGUCCUUCGGCAGCUUUUUAAGCAUCCAGCUAUACUGCCUUUGAUUAUUGUCAACGGGCAUAAUACUUUCCUUUGUGGCAGCUACAAAUACGCACUCGGAGAAUACAUCCGCGCAUUCCGUAUGAAGCCAAGAGAUCCAAUGCUUAGCUUGUGCAUCGGCAUCACGUACUUGCAUUUGGCAUGCCAAAGAUUCACCAAACAUAGGCAUACUAGUGUACUGCAGGGUAUUGCAUUUAUGCUGCAAUAUUACAAUAUGCGUGGAAGAUGUCAGGAGGCAUGUUACAAUUUGGCACGGGCAUUUCAUCAAGUUGGUUUGGUUCACUUCUCUGUUAUGUUUUACAACAAAGCCCUAAAUUUUCCACUUAAAGAAGAUCAGUAUUCUGAGUUCAGUGAUCUCCAUAGAGAGGCUGCCUAUAACCUCGCUCUGAUUUACAAAAACAGCGGCAAUGACGAUCUGGCACGAAGAACGCUGUGUAAAUACAUUUGGGUGUAGAGGUUUUUACGCGCAUUAGCUAUUUAUGAAUUAUGUAUACACUUUUCUAUAUUUUCAUGAAAACGUACAUCAAGCAAAGUUUUAUUUUUCAUCAAACUUCCUCAAAAAGCGGUAGCCCCUACGACUUGAUAUUCCGAUAACUUGAGGCAUUUGAUCCCAGCAAACAUCUUGAUAUAAAAUUUCAAUUAAUUCUAUGCAUCAUAUUAUUUCCUCGCUUGGGGAAUGUGUCGCAGCCCCUAGGGAAAAAGAUUAACGUAUUCCUCAAGGGGCAAAUCAUACCUCUUGAAUGUAUCGUACACCCUUCAUGGAAGUCCUAUUGUUUCAUUUGAAUUUUUGGAAAUCCUUUUGUUUUCGGAAAUCCAUUUAUUUUUUAAAUCCCUGUUUGUACGAGUGUAUUGUCCCUUGGCAUUCCAAAUCCUAAUUGGUCCUAAUAAAGCCGCAUAAGGGUUCCUUUAAUAGAUAUUUUUCACUCCGAUCACCGCCCUCGAUUUACAUUGAAAUACACUGUAAGCUUGCUCUUUGUAGCAAUUAAUGGGUGCUCUCCCCCCUUCUUUGACUAUGGCUGCUGAUGCAUUUUACAUUUUAGUGGGCUACACUCAUUUUUUUAUUAUAAGAAACAAAGGUUGAUGUUGAGUACUCCAGUUUCUUAAUGUUCUGGAAAUUUCAAUACUCAUUGUUUCUUAAGAGUUUCUUAAUCAUGAUGUCAUGAAUGAUGUUAUGAAAUGUUCGUGACCUUUUUUUAUCACGUCAAGAGAUUCGCUUCCGUUCUGAUGCUGUAUUUAGAUAUGGAAAGUAUAUUUUAUCCCUUACAAGUUCUAGGCCAACAGGGCAAUAACGUUCUUGGAUUUUACAAAAUUUCGUUGUUCUCAGUUUUAUCACGAUUUCAUAGUUUCUUAAUUUUUUUCUUCGAGUACUGGAGUUUCUUAAUUUUUUCUGACGUGAGUUCAUCACUGUUAAUUAUGUGAAUACAUUAAGUACAAACAUUUUCGGCGUGACACACUUUCGGACAAAUCUUUGUCCGAAAAUUUAUUGGUACAAAAUUUAGAGUCAUCCGAAAGUUUAUCACGCCAAAAAUUUUUAUAUGAAUCACCAUGUAUAUUGACUGAAAGAAAGUCUACAUUUUUUAAACAUGAGUGUCUGCAAAAUUUUUGGAAACAGUCGUCCUUCAAAGCUAAUUGGGACAUCAGUACAAGGAAAGAACAUGGUUCUCAUCUUCUAUCAAAAAGUCACCCUCACUUUCUCUAUCUCCUUUCUCCGUCGUAUCUGACUCGACAGUAUCAAUACCUUUGAAAAAUUACUUAUCAUAACUUCAGCUAGAAGCGAGCAAGUAGACUCGAAUCGGCUAAGCACCCCAAUUUGAGAAAAUACUAUUGUUAGGCUAUUCUAUGUUACAUCUUGUGGCUUUAGCGCCUUUGUUGUUACUUCAGUUCUCCAGGCCUCGGGCUUGGCAAGAAGAUAUGAGCAGAUACACCUUUUAACAAGAGACAGAUAGCAAUGAACGUGAAAAAGAAAAUUACAUCGUGUUUCCUUUUCUAUGUUUUUUAUAAACUUUGACCUUGGAAAGAGACUUUGCCUGAGUUGGCAGUUUUUAAAAGAAAGUAAGGAGUUGAGCCGGUUCGAUGCUUAAAGUUUAGCCAGUUCUCCAGUUCGCCCGUUUGCCGGUUCGAUACACCGUCACGAUUUCUCAAAAAAUAUCUAGGUUAUCUUUCAGCACAAUUUAAACAUCUUUUUUUAUGUGGUUGGUAAAAAAAACGUGCAAAAUAGGCCUAGAUCUAGCCGCGAGGCAAGUUUGUUGUCAUAUGAUUGGUCAGUAUGGUAUGGAAACUAUAGAUCUCUCAGCCAACCACUGACAACCCCUUGCAUGUCUAGAUUUUUUCAAAUAAUUCUGUAAAAAUACAUUUGAUUACAAUCAAUAGCAUCGUAAUAUUUUAUUACAUUUAAGGGUGUUCUCAAACUUCAGUAAGACUUUGUAGUUUCUAUUUCAAGUUAACAUAACAGAUGUUGGAUAAGUUGAUUGGUAAAAACAAGAUAACCAUUCAAACACGUCUUUCUUCCUCUCACGUUACUUUCAAUCCACACCUGGAUAUAAAUUUUCUGCUUACUUUCGGUCAUUAUCCAAUAUUUAUACUCUGAAGAGUGUCGGACGAAAAGUGCAUUAGUAUGCUAUGUUUCCAGUAUUUUGUGCAAUCUUCAAAUUUCAAGUUGAGACCAAUCAUCUCAUAAAAAAACAGAGAGCACUACUCUGCGGAGGUGCUACUCUGCGGAGGUGCUACUCUGCGGAGGUACUGAAUUUUCUGGAGGUGCUACUCUGCGAAUGGUGCUGAAAUAUUCACUACAUUGCGAAGGUGCUGAAUUUUCCUUUAAAGUUACAUUCCUGAAUUUGUUACUUGCCUGAGCAAUAUCUUCCCUAUAAGAGGCAACCCUAACUCAUUUUUGGGGGCAGCUUAGAAGCUGUUGGAUUCCAAAUACCCUCUUAAUAGCCAUGGGUAUUGAAAAACAAACAAAAGGGUCUAAGCAACCAUGCAUAAUUGAAAUGUGAUCUUACGGCAGACAUAAAAAAAGUUCCAGUAGGAGAAGGUUGACGCUCAUCAUCUAAGGACACAACAAUGAAAGGUCGAUUCAGUAGCAUGCAAAGAAGCACCAGCAAAACAUGAAAAUGUUUUAAUCUGAGGAGCACUGGCAACAACAAUUCCAAAAGGAGAAUUUUGUAAGUGCAACAAUCCCAUUGCUGACCCGAUAAACUUAUAAAACGUGAUAUUUCAUUAACCACGAUACUGAACAAUUUUACUGUACUAGGGCCACUCAUCUGCAAAAAAGUUCAUGCUUAGGCAAUGCACAAGUACCCGAGCUACCAGCAGCAUCAGGGAUAACGAAAAAUAUUAAGAGCAAAAUAAACUGUGCCCAAUUAUCAAGCAAACUGAGCAUAAUGGACCAUUUUUUAGACAGAACAAGACAAAAGCUUUGCAAGACAAGAAAAUUCUUACUACCACAACAACUAGGCCCCCUCAAAAAUAGUCUUACAAUGUUUAACGAGCCGUUCUACACAGUCUCUACAUAAAGGCCUAAUUCCAAAAAAAAGACUUUCAAGAAAAAAUGCAACGAAAACAUUGUAGCAGCAGCAUUUCUGUAUAGUUUAAAACAAGAACUUUCAUUUUAACGAUAA